GGAGGGGAAGGGAAAGCUCAAGUCUCUCAAAAGCAGUUUCCAUCCUCUCCGCCGCUCCAUUGCUCAAGUGGCUCAAGCGCCCUGCCGGGGAAGGUCCAUGAAAAAGCCGCCCCCUCCCUUGGCAUAGCCAGACUUGAUGCGCCUCCACUCCAUGAGUCCCAGCUGCCUUUAGCCAUGAGCUGUUUGGAUGUUAUGUACCAAGUCUAUGGUCCUCCCCAGCCUUACUUUGCAGCAGCCUAUAGUCCUUACCACCAGAAACUCGCCUUUUACUCGAAAAUGCAGGAAGCGGCCGAGAGCGCCAGCAGCGCCAGCACGAGUGGCGGCGGCGGCGGCAGCAGCAGCAGCAGCGCCAGCAGCUCCUUCUCCGGCCACGCAGCGCCCACCAGCAUCAAAGAGGAGGAGUGCAGCCCUGAGAAAGAGCGCCCCCCAGAGGCCGAAUACAUCAACUCCAGAUGCGUCUUGUUUACCUACUUCCAAGGGGACAUCAGCGCCGUGGUGGACGAGCACUUCAGCCGGGCCCUCAGCCAGCCAAGCAGCUACUCGCCCAGCAGCGCCAGCGCCAAGGCUGCCACUAGGAGCACCAGCUCUUGGAGAGAUGGAUCAUUCCCCAUGAGUCAACGCAGCUUCCCACCCUCCUUCUGGAACAGCACAUACCAGUCCUCGUCGGUGCCUGCCUCCCUGGGCAGCCCGCUAGCAGCUGCCACCCACAGUGAACUGCCCUUUGCCACUGCGGACCCUUAUUCUCCAGGCUCGCUGCACAGCCACCUCCACCAGGGUGGCCCAGAGCCCUGGCACCCUGGCCACCACCACCAUCAUCACCACCACCACCACCCAUACAUUGGCACACAGAGCUCCGCCUAUCCCCGGCCCACCACAGUGCACGAGGUCUACGGCCCGCACUUUGACCCUCGCUACGGCUCGCUGCUGGUGCCUGCUGCUUCGGUGCGCCCCCACCGCCUCACGCCUGCCUCCGUACCCACACCUGUCAGCCCUCCAUGCGAGCUGGGCAAGAGUGAGCCCGCCACUUCAGCGUGGACAACGCCAGCACCUUUUGUCAGUUCGGCAGGAGAGAUGGCACAGAGCUUAGGCCUCAAUGUGGACACAGGUUUGCAGCCUCAGGAUAAAAGCAAGGAUCUCUAUUGGUUUUAGACCUGCCUUUCCACCUUCUCUUCCCCCUCCUCUAGUCAGAUCUCUGCCUAAAGUAGGAACUGGUGAUGACAGAGCUGAAAUCGAGUCGAUUUGUAACAGCUUCUGAUCUUGGUUUACAGCUCGCCGUUAUUCCUUCUGUGGUGGAUCCCUCCUGAGCUGAGCUGCUGAUUCUAAAGCUCCCCUUCCCACACACAAAUGCCAUCUCCUCAAACCCCGCCCCCUCACCCCCGCCCACAUUGCCGUUCAGCGUCUCAUGUCAUAUUUCAAGGACAAAGGCAUGAACGU